GUCAAAAAUUUUAUUUAAAAAUAUAUGAAAAUUUGAAGUAAAAGAAUGUAAUCGUAAAAUGCAAAUACGCUAGUAAGAUCAGUCGUGUACAAAAAUUUGGAAACAGAUACGAUGAAAAUUAUAAUAAAACAAUAAACUAUUGCUUCAAAAUGUUAUCAAAUUGACAGUGUUAAAAAGAUCGGCAAAAGUACAUGACAACAAUGACUUAAAAUCUUCAAAACAUCCUCAUAAAGCUUCCAUCAUUUAGGAACUUCCAUAGUUCAGGAAUUUCCAUCAUCCAGAAAUUAAAUCAUGAAUAAAAUAAAUCAAUAUAUUUCGACCUAUCAGAAAGAUUAUACCUGGCCCUACGUGUCGUCCAUAUGUAUUCAACCUUCAAUUAAACCAAUUAUCGUUAAACAUUGCACUUGUACUGAUUCGCGACAAGAACGUAAAGAAUUAUGGGAUGGAAAACUUGAGAAGUACCCCGAUUGGAGUCGGAUGGGUCCUAUGGGACGACUGCUGGAGCCAAAGAUUUAUGAAACCAAAAUAGAGCGGGCUCCCAAAGCAGAUAUAACGCGAUUAGAUCAGCUAACCAGUAUUUGUCUUAAAGAAGGAUAUCCUAGUUUAUACGAGGCGUUAGAGAAAUCAUUUUCGAAAGAACCGAUUACGAAGAUGGAUAUUGACCUUAUGAAAACGACGUAUCAAAUGGAUUACAGUGAUCCUGCAGCUGCACGUAUGGCACAGCGAGAUAUGGCGUUGAAAGUCCUCGAUACAAAUGAUCAACGCUUACCAUGUAGUAUGCCAACACAAAUAAUCAUAAAAACUGAUUGCUCGCCGUAUUGUCGUUUCUCUUCUUCGAUAUAUAAUGGAAAUGCGAGCGUUGGGAAACGCGAUCGUAAACCAAAAAUCGGAUCAAAACGCGAAAAAAAAUGUGAUAUCGAGAGAAGACAAAUAUUAUUGCCAUCCUGGAGAUCGGAGUAUCAAGAUAGCAUCAAUAAAAUCGGCCAUGCCAUUAUGAAAGUUAAAUUACAUCGCGCAAAGAAGAAAGCUUUACCAAUCCAGUAUCAAUAUAGUACUAACUGAAUCCAGCUGAACGUAUUAAGAAAUCUAACAGUUAA